UAUAUCACUCACCAGUAUUUUAGACGGUGUUGAUUAGUUGGCAACUAUUUUUUGUUAUUAGUCAUUUUUAUGCUAAAUCCUUUUGUGUAUUUCUGCAGGGAUUCCAGGCGGGCAUUUUUAUUGUGCACGUAUAGGUAUAUAAAAAAGCGUUACGCCGGCACUGCAUUUGGUUGUGUUCGCGGCAUUUUGAGUUUCACUCUGCUCAUCUUGUGUAUAGGUCUAUCCGCUGACAAUCCGUCUAUUCUUAAAUACAUAGUUUACUUAAUCAAUUGGCUUUUCUCGCCCGCUGCGAUUUGUUUACCGCCAAUUGAUUGCGGUUUGGUAAUCGUUACAAAACAAUAAUCGCCGAUUCGUAUUUUUUAUUGAGCCGUUAUUGUUUAGUCUAUGUGUACUCUCUCAAGUAGUUAAGACAUACUGCUUUUUCUGCAUUGCCUUCCGCACUGGUUUUACCUUUUUUGAUCUUGUUACUUUGAUGACGCCGGUAGUCUGCGGUAAUCGUCAGUAGAUGAUCCACGGAACGACAAAAUCUCAACUUUUACGUUGAUUGCUACUGCAAGUAGCACAGGGGAUUUCUAACAUCUCGCUGGAUUACUUUCCCUGCGAUCUUCGGUGGAUUUGUUAUUGUACCAUUAUUCCGCAGACGAAGGCCGGCAAGUUAACAGUUUAGGAUCAUAAAGAUUUGGACCAGUACACUACCCCAGAUUCCAGACUCUGGUCGUACGAUGCUUACUUCCUUCCCGACGUAUUUUACCUGGUUGGUCUCUCUGCUUUCGUUUUUCCUUUCUGCCACAUACUCCCAGUUUUGUGGUCGAGCUCCACCGAUAGCAUCUGGUCGCAUUGUUGGAGGACAGCGUGCAUUUUUUGGGCAGAUUCCUUGGCAGGUUUCCGUACAAGCCUUCGGGACUCAUUUCUGUGGAGCCGCUAUUUUGAACGACAGAUGGAUUAUUACAGCUGCUCACUGCGCAUCCGCAGUACAACGCAAUCAGUUGACGUUGGUCAUCGGCGCUCUGGAUAUAACGAAGUUUGAUGCUUUUCUGCAAAUGAUCCCGGAGCAGAGGUUCGGAGCCGAUAUGAUUAUCCUUCACGAGAGCUUUAACCGCCGGCAAUUGUUGUUUGACAUUGCCCUGAUUCGCUUGGACCGGAGGAUAAGUUUUAACGGUCAAGCGCAGCCAGUUUGUUUACCGCAGCAGGAUGAGGAUUUUGUUGGUGACAUGGGAUUGGUUUCCGGCUGGGGAAAGCUUAGCGAAAAUGACGUCGGAUCUUCCGCUACCAUGAAUUUUGUCCAGCUACCUAUCAUAACUAAUCGUGACUGCCAGAUGAUGUUUGGUCAACGAGAUCCUCCUCAGCGAGUAAUAAUUAGGAAUGAAUGGAUUUGUGCUGGUUUUCGGGAAGGCGGAAGAGAUGCCUGUCAGGGAGACUCAGGCGGCCCAAUGACUGUAUUUAGAAACGGAGUCUGGGAGAUUGUUGGAAUAACAUCCGGCGGGUUUGGAUGCGCACGAGCAAAUUCACCUGGUAUUUUUACGAGAGUGUCGCGUUUUGUUGAUUGGAUUAACCAAAAGAUUGCCGCCAAUCCAUAGUUUGCGAAACUAGAACAAAAAUAUUUGGAGCUCUAGCCUGAUUCUAAUCUGUACUGUUACGAUGCUUGUUUUAUGUUUUGAACAAACUAAGUCGCCUCUUUGGCAGCUUUUCUGGAUUGUUGUCUUUGCCCCUUUUUUAAUUGUAAGAUUUAUCUGUUUCUGAAACCGUUUCAAAGAGCUAAAAUGAUCUCUUUUCAAAUAAAUGCUUCC